AUGGGCAUCUCAAGAAAUCUUCCAUUCUCCUUCCUCCUUUUAUUCUCUAGUUUACUCGUCUUCACCUUAGCCCAUGGAGCCACCUUUGAGGUCCAAAACCAAUGCUCCUACACAAUUUGGGCUGGCGCUUCACCCGGUGGUGGCAAGCAACUCGACUCCGGCCAAUCAUGGACUAUCGACGUGUCUGCUGGCACUACAGGCGGCAGAAUUUGGGGUCGUACCAGCUGCAACUUCGACGGAAAUGGCCAGGGGAGUUGCGAGACAGGCGACUGUGGCCGGCUACAGUGCCAAGGCUAUGGUUCACCACCAAACACCUUAGCCGAAUUCGCAUUAAACCAAUACCAAAACUUGGACUUCUUUGAUAUAUCUCUAGUUGAUGGAUUUAACAUCCCAAUGGACUUUAGCCCAACCUCCGGCGAUUGCAAAGGGAUCCGAUGCUCGGCCGACAUCAAUGGCGAAUGUCCUCAAGAAUUGAAGGCCCCUGGAGGAUGUAACAACCCGUGCACCGUGUACAAGACCGACGAAUACUGUUGUACCUCGGGGAGCUGUAGUGCGACCGAUUACUCCCGAUUCUUCAAAGAGAGGUGCCCAGAUGCAUAUAGUUACCCUAAGGAUGAUCAAACAAGCACAUUCACUUGCCCUGGUGGUACUAACUACAAGGUUGUGUUUUGCCCUUCAUGAAUUUAGCCUUUCAUCAAUC